AUUUACAUCACGCACCCAUGGCUACACUCCGGGCGCUGCGGAAACUAUGCCGGCAUUCUCGCCAUCAGGCAUGUCGUUUUCAUCUGUCAUCUUCAAGACCAGAGGCUGUGAUCAUCUCGGGCAGGAAACUGGCACGGCAGAUCCGCAACGAGGCGCGUGAUGACGUGGAGGAGUGGGUCUCUGUUGGAAACCGACGGCCUCACCUGAGUGUGGUGUUAGUGGGUGACAAUCCAGCCAGUCACUCGUACGUUCUCAAUAAGACCCGUGCAGCAGCAGAAGUGGGUAUUAGUAGCGAGACCAUCCUGAAACCUUCUAGCGUCUGUGAAGAGGAGCUGCUUGACCUCAUCGAGAAACUCAACUCGGACCACAGAGUAGACGGUCUUCUGGUACAGCUACCUCUUCCUGAUCACAUCGAUGAGCGACGCGUAUGCAAUGCCGUGUGCCCAGGGAAAGAUGUUGAUGGUUUCCAUGUGGUCAAUGUUGGCCGCAUGUGCCUGGAUCAGUCAACUAUGCUGCCUGCCACUCCAUGGGGGGUUUGGGAGAUUAUCAAACGCACAGGCAUACAGACGCUGGGUAAGAAUGUGGUGGUGGCUGGUCGCUCCAAGAAUGUUGGGAUGCCCAUUGCAAUGCUGCUGCACACAGACGGCAGACAUGAAAGGCCAGGAGGUGAUGCCACAGUGACUAUCUCCCACCGUUACACUCCCAAAGAGCAGCUCCGUCAGCACACACAGAUCGCAGACAUUAUCGUCGCUGCUGCAGGUAUUCCCAACCUCAUCACUGCUGAUAUGAUAAAGGAGGGUGCAGCUGUUAUAGAUGUUGGCAUCAACAGAAUAUUGGACCCCUUGACUGGGAAAAACAGACUUGUUGGUGACGUGGACUUUGAAGGCGUUAGAAAGAAGGCCAGCUACAUUACUCCAGUUCCAGGCGGUGUUGGACCCAUGACUGUAGCCAUGCUGAUGAAAAACACAAUCAAGGCAGCGAAAAGCGUGAUUUUAACCCCCCCUCAGCGAGUUCGGAUGGCAGCGUCCUCAUAACAUAACUUCACUUUGAGGGGCUCGUGGUGGAAAAUCAAUAUUUUGAAUGGCUAUUUUUGAGUCCCAUUAUAGUCUAGUUAAAUAUAUUUAAAGGUUUGAGAAAAUGAAUGUGCUUUUUCAUUCAGAUAGUGUGUUUUUUUCAGUUACCCGGCCAAGCUUUAAACACUUUCACUUUUGUUUCUACACUGUUACAGCUUUGCUUUUUCAGCUCUCUGUAUGUUUCAGUAUUACAAUAGGAGAUUGCCAGACAUUUCUGAAGCAUAUUUAUUAACAAGAAACACUUAAGCAAUGUUCUACAUCAACUGCAGUCAGUGUUUAGACCGUGUGGUUGCUUUUACCUUGUGUUCUUGCAGUC